AUGAACAAUGGGUCGGAGGUCUGUGUGAAACUUCCGAACCCCAACGCUGGUCCUGCUCAUUUGACUGUCUCCUCAGAGGUCGCUACGCGUGAAUUGCUUCGCCAAGUUUUUGAUUUCCCUGUUCCUCGGGUACUUUCAUGGUCUUCCAAUUCUGCGAAAAACUUGGUUGGGGCCGAAUACAUCAUCGAGGAAAGGGCCCCUGGCGUACGACUUGGCUCUGUUUGGCAUCAGUGGCCACGGGAUCUGAAGCUUCAACUCAUCACGCAAGUGGUUGACCUGGAGAAGAAGUUGACGUCCAUUACCUUUGAUAAGCACGGUUGCAUUUAUUUUAAAUAA